AUUCAAUUGCAAAAAGUCGUCGCGAAAAAACCUACACUCUAUAUUCAAACGAGAAUAAGUACGUCGGGAAUAAAUUAUUAGAAGGUCAGAAAAAAUCAGUACUGGACACCAAUAGCUUUGCUGAUACAAAAACCACUUGUAUUACUCGAUCUAUGAAACGACUUCUAGAUGUUGCAGAAGAGAGCCCUCCAAAACGGUUGGCAAAGUCAUCUCCCGCCAGUUAA